GGGGCCGCGGGCUCGCGUGCCCGCCCGCGCCGGCGGCAGAGCGCGGGGAGCCGGGGAGCGCGCGCAGCGGCGGCGGGAGUGCCGCGCACCGCACGGGAGUUGGUGGGCGCAGCGCGGCGGGUACAGCUGGGAGGAAAAGAUGUUUGGCUUUCACAAACCGAAGAUGUACCGGAGUAUAGAGGGCUGCUGUAUUUGCAGAGCUAAGUCUUCCAGUUCUCGUUUCACUGACAGCAAACGUUAUGAAAAAGAUUUCCAGAACUGUUUUGGGCUCCAUGAGGCUCGCUCAGGAGAUAUUUGCAAUGCCUGUGUUCUUUUGGUGAAAAGAUGGAAAAAAUUACCAGCAGGAUCCAAAAAAAACUGGAAUCACGUGGUAGAUGCCAGGGCUGGACCCAGCCUUAAAACAACAUUGAAACCAAAGAAAAUGAAAACUCUGUCUGGAAGCAGAAUAAAGAGUAAUCAAAUCAGCAAACUGCAAAAGGAAUUCAAGCGGCACAAUUCUGAUGCCCACAGCACGACUUCGAGUGCCUCCCCAGCUCAGUCACCCUGUUACAGUAACCAGUCGGACGAUGGCUCUGACACAGAGCUGAGCGCUGGGGCCAGCAGAACACCCGUGUUCUCCUUCCUAGAUCUCACAUACUGGAAAAGGCAAAAGGUCUGCUGUGGAAUUAUUUACAAAGGGCGUUUUGGAGAAGUCCUCAUAGACACUCAUCUCUUCAAACCUUGUUGUAGCAAUAAAAAGUCUGCCACUGAAAAGCCAGAACAAGAAGGACCCCAAUCUCCAGCAAUCUCCACCCAAGAAGAGUGGUGACUUCCUUGGAUAGCUGCAGAAGAUUAUACAGAUCCUCUUAUUCUCUGGAAAAAUACUAGAAAAGUGACUGUUCACUUUGGACACCUGCUAUGCUGCCAAAAGACUAUUCCCUAGAACUAUUUUGGGUUUUACUGCUACAGUUCCACAAACUCUGAAGCCAGUUUGUAUCCUUUCAGAAAGACUGUACAUAAUAUUUAAGAUGCUAUGGAACAUUUGGCAAAGCUGAAUGCUGCUGCAAGGUUGUCUAAUUUUCCCCCAAGCUCACUUCCCAAGUGAAUAUGAGGAUGGGGUUUGUAUAUUAAAGUAUAUGUAGUUCAUGUUUCUGUAUUGAAAGAAGCAGUGGUUGUAAGGCUUUUGUUUUUUGUUGUUUUUUGGGUUUUUUUUUCCUUCUUUAAAAGUUGGUUGGCAAACUUCCUAAAUUCCCAAGAAAAAUAUUUCAUUCUUAGACAUGUAUGAGUCAAUAAGAUGAACUAAUACAUAGAAAUGUUAUAAGUCACCUCUCUAGUUAUAUAAAUAUAUAUUUUUAAAGGUGUGACGAUUUCACCCUAUACUACUGACAUAACAAAGACAAAUAUCUCAUCCCUCCUAUGUGACACAGACUGGUAAUCUGCAGACAUCUCUACUUCAAGUGGUAGCUAUGUGAGAAGGCUUCCAGCAUAAAAGUGCUCUUGAGAAGGGGUGGGAGAGCUCUCCAUCUUAGCUAAGGAUUGAGAUUUACCUAAUAACUGAACGUAGCAAAAGGGAAGGUUACUUCGUUUUCAGCCAGCAGCAGACACUCUGGGCUUGGUGUAAUAACCUCUCAUGGUUAGAGAUGGACCAAGAAACAUCUUGAUGCCCAAGUCAGGUGUAGAUGACAGCCAAAACUGAGUAACUGCUCUCUGUUGGACCAGUGCAGCUGAAAUGUGACCACAAACAAUAUUCCUCCUGGGUUUGGACCUGACAGAGAACCAAACCCCUUGCUAAGCAAAUCAGGCCCUGGUCCAGGGACAUAAUCUGGUUCCAGCCUGGGGUCUGG